AUGGAAUCAGUGGCGUCGCUAAAUGCUGCAAUUGAGCUCCUUGAGCAAGCCGAGCUUAGCCUUCAAGCAAGGAAAUCCACCACGAUUCCUGCGAAACAUGGAACGACAAAGGCAGACGUUGGGGGGGAUUCAUUGAAAGAUCUUCAGGAUGCAACAAAAAAGUUGAAACAAAUAGCAGCAUGGCAGGAAGACAAAUUGAACGCGGUACCCCUAUCGGAUGUCAAGAAUCUAAUCUCGUUGGCCGAGAGCCUUCGUUAUGUCGCGAACAACGACUCGCUGCUUUCAUCAAAGAUAUCAACUCGACAUGUCACUGCGGUGGAAUUGCGUUCUCAGUUAAAAUCAGCUGUGAGGAGUCUCGAGGUACUCCAAGAAGGAGCAUCUGGGAACACAGUGAUAGACACGGCCGUGGCUAGUAAGUCAGGCAAAUCACGACCAAUGAACCCAGCAUCAUCAGUUGCAUACCCAACAACCUCCAACAACGAAAGUAGCACUGCCGACAAGGAAAAUGAUAGCGGCGCCCCCAGCGACGCUUCAGAGCUGCUGCUGCAGAAGCGUGGGAGGUUAAUGCGGACUUGCAACGAGUGUAGGAGCAAGAAGAUCAAGUGCGACGGAAAGCAGCCAUGUAAUCACUGUCAGAUCCAGGGCUACCAAUGCACUUAUGGGAGAGCAUCCGACCGUCGCAGAGAUGAUGCUCCACCGUAUUUUGGGACCUUGGAUAAUCAAGUGCAAAGGACAGAGGCGCUACUCAGGAACUCCAUGCCAGAUCUCAACCUAGAGGACCCUACUUUGGGCUCUGCCGUCGUAGAAUCUCCUGGUAAGCUCAUACCAGGCGACAUUUCGGAUGCGGAUGCUCACAAAUACAUCCUCAACCACUCGAAAGGUCUGGAGGAAACUACCAGCGCCGAUAUCUCCCACAGGACCUUUGGAACUGAUGCGGGAAAUAGACGCAAGUUCGCAGGAUACCUGAGUAAAGUGAGCGACUAUAUCGGCACGCCCUCACGCAAAAGAUAUGACGUUUCAGAGUUGCAGCCCCACAGGACCGUCGGAACUGAUGCGGGAAAUAGACGCAGGUUCGCAGGAUACCUGAGUAAAAUGAGCGACUAUAUCGGCACGCCCUCACGCAAAAGAUAUGACGUUUCAGAGUUCCAGCAAGGCCCCGCGAUGAACUACCCCGAGAUACCGGGCGAAACCAACCGCAGUAAACCUCUAUCGCAUAUUAGAGAACGAUGGCCAGCUGCUGCUUCAAUCCGGGAAGUACCGUCACGAAGCGGCAGUCCCGAUUCUUAUAUUAGUGGCAAAAACGAAAGCGGACUACAUGGUAAUGGCACGCCCUCACGCAAAAGAUAUGAAGUUUCAGAGUUUCAGCAAGGCCCCGCGUUGAACUACCCCGAGAUACCGGGCGAAACCAACCGCAGUGAAUAUUUAUCGCACCUCAGAGAACGAUGGUCAGCUGCUGCUUCAAUCCGGGAAGUAUCGUCACGAAACGGCAGUCCUGAUUCUCACAUUGGUGAUAAUGAGUCCUUCAAAAGCCCCAGGAACCUCGAUCUUCAAGACAUCGAGAUUUUGGAGAACCGAUUACAGAGGGCCGAGUUGCCAUUGAAUGAUAUCAUGCCUGAUGGUGCCCUAGAAGAUCCUAUAUCAGAUCCUUUAGCUGCUCUAGCAUCGACUGAACUCAUAUUGGGUUCGGAUAACACCCACCAUAUCCGAUUCAUUGACUCUCAGCAAGGUUAUUCUCAUAGCGAACGAGGAAACCUGGACGAUAUCUCAGAGUCCGCAUCUACAGAUACAUCUUGCUACUCCAGAGGUUCCAUGUAUGACAUGGCCAGUACUGCACCAACCGAACUAGUGGUUGACGCAAGCAACGAAUCAGAAAUUCUAGCUCUCUUCGUUAGCCUUGUGCACCGGUCUGAUGCCGUUGUAAAAGCACUGGACCACAUUGUCACAUCGAAACAAACAGAUCGUACGGCUGCAGACAUUGCAGCUCGGGUACGCGCUUCCUUGAAAUCAUUCGUGGACUUGUUGAAGCUGGAAACACCUCAGGAACACGAGACUGUACCCUCUUUAUUCCUCGGACGGUCUCGGCAAAUCUCAUUGUUGAUCAUUGAAGCCGCUAUUUCCCGCCGCGAUGCAGAGAACGAGCUCUCGGAUGGAGACGAUAGCGGCGUGAGUGAUGAUGAAAUUGUAGACCAAGACGAUGACGUCCACUUGGAUGAGGAAGACGAUGAGGCUGGAGGUCAUUCAGAUGCCUAUGUUGACACAGCAUCGUUCGAACGUGUCAUACUAGAGAGUAAUGCCUUUACAGAAUUCCUAGCCUCUCUGUAUGACAUUGCAUUCCCUGAUUUUGCAACAAGGCUGAAGCGGGUUGUUCGACGGUUCGAGGCGCACAGCUCUGGAAUGCAAAACUCACAAGUGCGAGAAUUGUUCUCCGAACUGGCGUAUGCACAACCUACACUGGUCAUCGGGACCACCCACGGUCCUGGCUUCUCGGACAAGGUGAAGAAUUUAUUCGAGUCUGUAACAGGAGCAUGGAACUGGUGGCCACUUUCAGAUCCGCUAAAGCCACUUGGCCCUCGUGAGAUGAGGAUCAGGUGGACGUGCCGAUGCGGCAGAACACGAAACGAAAACGUGCCGGAGAAACUUGCAAAAGCUCUUAUAUCGCUUACAAAAUCCACGCCGCUGGCCACUUCCAUCCCACUCAGGCCGAGCUCUGCUACCAACCUCGGAAGGCAGCCAUCGUCAAUCUCGCCAAGCGGAAGCACAGUGCAGGAAGCAUCGUCUUCUACAAAUCCAGCGCCCUCACAGGACGUGAGCAUUGUACGAUUGCCAUCUCCGGGCUCGUUGAUGGCAGCAUACCCGAAUCAACAAACACGAACGAUCUUUUUCAUGACGGAAAAGGGCGCUAUGCACCCAAAAUCAAUGGGCUUGGGCCAAAGUCGGAUAAGCACGCAGGGGAAAUGCAAUGACCGAUUCUUUCAGGAUGUAAGAAGUGGUUAUUGGACCUAUCGAGGUUGGAUGAGGACAAUGUUUAGUAUCUACCAAUUCGGGUUCUGCGAGUUCUACCGGUUCACCGAGUAUGCCGUCAACAAGUACGCACGAGGUCCUCAAGAGGAGAUACCAGAUCUUGAAAGACACAAGAAUGAAUAUUACUAUAGAAAGACAGUCUGGACACCUCAAGUUAGCCAUGAGGAGUUCAGAGAUCGCUUCUGGAACUGUUUGUCAGACUGCGACUGCAACGAUAACGGCACGGUGGACCUCAUACCGCAAAAAAUCGACGAAACAGGGCUAGCAAAUGACAAAGUCUUCUACGGCAUCAUUGCUCGCGAGGAAAAGCAGAUAUACAUGGCUGCCAUAUAUCUGGCGAUCAUUGGCGCAUCCCUCAUCCCUUCUCUGUGGUUCUUCUUCAACUGGCUGAGCCCAGGCAGCAUCGCUGACGAAGCUCUGUUAUCCAACCGAAAAGGCAACCUGUCCAACGCUAUUGUGCCUCUCAACGGCACAUCAUUUCACCACUUUUUCAACACGCAUUCCCAACCUCCCAUCACGCUCCCGUCGGCCAUGGGCGUCUCAUUGUCGACCGCGCGCUACCUGGCGCCUGUCUCCUUUGCCGUGGACUUUGCUGCUCAGCAAUAUGGCAUGUUGUCGAGCCCCAAUAUGAAGGACGUCCACGACGCCAACUUGUCCUUCUUUUCACCUCAGCCCUUUUUCAUUGCGGGCUUCUUCUUCCCGCAGCAGUUGUUCCAGCUCGCCUGGCUCUGGAAGCUAUGGAAAGCCACACCAGAGGAUGUGAGAAAUGACCGGGCGGUGCAAAAAAUGGUUGACUUUGCUCCGUAUUAUGCCGUUGGCAACUUUUGUAUUGCGACCUGGAUGAUUUUCUGGAAUCAAUCAGACCUGAAAACUUCCAACAUUUUUGUGAUUAUAAAUUCGCUAUCUCAACUAUACUAUGUGUUUGGGCGACUGGGACCCAUGAACACGAGCUCAUGGAACUCGAUCCUCACUCACAUUGUCUCCAAGACGUUUGCGGGCAUCGGCGUCUUGGACCUCUUGCAUAAUGGUUCCGUAGCCUACGCCGUGGGCCAGCCGCCGUCGACCCUGGUCAAGGCUCUGACCGGCGCGGGGUUUGGACUCCUGGCCUCGGCGAGCGACUGGAUCUUUGGCGGGUGCCUGGUCUAUGAUCUGGUGGCUUUGGCAGUCGGUCAGAAAAUAUAUGGAAACGCCGGUUGGAGCAACCUUCUGGGCGCGUAUGCCGCCGGUACUGCGGCGAUUGUAGGAGUCAAGAACUGGCUGAGGCCACCAUAUGUGAAUGAGAUCGAGUACCAGCCGUUGUAA